AUGUAGAUGAGUUUUACUCUAAUAAGGCAUUUUCUUGUUAAAGUAUCAUUUAUUUGCUUCAAUUAGGACAUCAUUAAACUUUUAGAAUGUUCUAAUUUUAUCUAUGGAUGCAGAUUUUGUACUGAAGUGACUUAAGGUUUCGACUACUUUGUCCAGUGUCAAGUCUGCAAUGAUGGACUAUAUUUAUUGACAAAUUCAACUGAAAACUCACUGUUUCCAUCAUAGUUUACAUUUUGUGUCUCCGAUUGCUCAUCUGCUCACUAUCAAUUUAUAAACAACCCAUUGACAUAAAAAUGCCAAGACUGUGGUAGGUUUUGUAAAUCGUGCAAUCUGUAGUAUGGUUGCGAGACUUGUGCACCUCAGCAGGCUGGUAAUAAUGGUUGGGUAAAUGCCUAUGAUUAAACCGCAAUAUUCUCAGAUUAAUUAAAAAAAUGCAGCCCUUGUGAAAAUAAUAAAUAUUGCUUGACAUGUGAUCCAAAUAAUACUUCUUAAUGCUUGCAAUGCACUCCAGAAUUUUCACCUACCUGUACUUACAAUGAAAUAGAUGCUAUACUAGACAAGUGUAUUUAGGGCGAUAUAGAUGACUGUUUAGAAUGCAAUUCAAAUUACGAAUGUGAGUUAUGUGAUGUCAAAAGUAUUAUAAAAGCUACAUUUCAAAUUGAUUCUGGAGAGUAUAAGAAUAAGUGUUAAGAUUGCAAUUAAGACAUUAAUGGAUACAGCAUAUAUUACUAAGACUGUGCAAGCUGUAUAAUAGAUCCAGCAAAUGAUGCAUUAACUAUUUGCACCUCUUGUAUGAAUGGCUUUCUAGUAAAUGGAUCUUGCCAAUCUAAAUGGUAUUAUUUUCUAUUUCAAUUUAUAUAAUCAUUAAGCCCAUAAGGUACAUAUCCAGAGUUUAUAUUUGGUGCAAGAGGCAUUCCUAUCAAAUCAUUCUGCUCUAAUGAUGCUCUUCAUAGAUCUUAAGAGUUAUGUGCGCCUUCAAUAGACAUCUGUAAUGUAGAGAUUAAUCUCUAUAAGGGUGAUCAUUACAUUUUAAGAACAAGUACAAAUUUUUAUUAGCCUUCUUUAUAUGCAGAAGGGCAUUAAAAUAUGAGAAUCUCUAUCUAACCACAUUUUUGUUCAAAUAAUAAUACUGAUACAGAAAUUUGCCUGGAAGAUGAUGAGCAUGUGACUGUAUAUAAUAAACUCCGAGACCAAUUUUAAUUAUUAGUAGGUUCAGGACUGAUGCUUAAGAAUAUCAUUAUUGAUUGGAUUGAUUCAUUGAUCCUCCCAUCUCAUGAUAGUGGAAAUUGCUUGAGCUAGAAAACAUAAUGUUGUUCAAAUUGCAUAUUCCGAAAUAUUUACUUCAACUAUAACACUUUUAUUGAAACAAACCAAUAUGGUGGUUACAUUGAGAUAAUUAAUUCGAAGUUCGAAAGGUUUUCUACUUGUGGAGCAGUAAUAAGGAAUUUUAAGUCAAUUUUUAAACAGGAAAACAGAAAAUCUACACAGUAAUCAGCUGAUAUUUAUUUAAACAGGCUGAAUGAGCUUUAAUCUAUUUUAUUGACUGAAGAAUUAUUAAAAUCAACUCUUGAAUUUUCACCUUACUCUGAAGUUUGCUCAAUUGAAUAAUCAGAUACUUUACCUGAAUGCUUUUCCAUAUUAGUCCAAAAUGCAAGCUUCAUUCAAAUGAAUCAUUUUGUCAGCAAAUAGAAUGAAAUGGUACAAAUCAGAUCAACAUAUAAUAUGAUUAAUUAAGGGAAGAUACUGCAUCUGAUAGAUUUUCGUGGAAAUGUUACAAUACUAGAUAAUAAGUUCCUAAAUAAUACUUUAGGGUUUGAAGAUUGCUCUGCUUCAGCUGAGAUAAGUGGAAUUUUUAAAUAUGAUUCAUCAUCAGAUGAUUAUAGUAUCUAUGGUGAAAAAGAUAAAUAUCAACUCAAACAUCUUAUUUCUAUUUAAGGGCAUUUACAUGGGAUUCAUAUAAUUGGAAAUACCUUUUCAUAAAACACAGUUAUUAAAGGUCUAAUAAAUAUUUAAACAGAAGAAAAUCUAUAAUAGGGUGCUAAUUCUAUACUAAUAGCUAGAAAUACAUUUACCUAAAAUGCAGCUUAUUUUUAAACAGUAGGAAUACAUAUUAGAAUGAAGUCAACAAAAUAAAAUCAGAUUCCUAUUACAAAUUCUAGUUUAUAUUGUACUGGGAUCUCCAUUCAGUAAAAUUACUUUGAGAAAAACUUUGGGUGUGCAAUUUAUGGUGGUUCAAUUAUUAAUAUAGAGUGUUAUAAUCCUAGUAGUAGCAGUUCAUUUGGGGUUUAAGAUGAUUUAAAUAAAAAUGCUGCUGUUGACCUUACAAUUUAAUCAUACUAUAAAAACUUUGAUUUUCAAACGAUUUCUGUUUAAAAUGUAGUCCAUAUUGAAUAUAAUGGAGACAAGCUGUUUAUUGACCUUUAUAACGUGACAUUAAAAGUGCUUGAAGAUAUUUUCUCUGACGGAUUUUAAAAUCUAUAAUCAAGAUACUCCUCAGACAAAGGUAUCUUUUUAUACAUGGAAUAAUUCUAUGGAUCAAUCUAUAUCACUAACAAUACUGUUUAGAACUAAGUAGGCUUAAAUAAUGAAUAUUUGACCAAAGAACUUGGUUUGUUUAGCUCCUCUAAUGUCACAAAAUUAAAGACUUACGGAGGAUUACAUCCGAUUUAUGCUUUAGAAGAAAGCUGCGAGCUGGGAGGAUUAAUCAUUGAUGGAUUAUAUAUAUUCAAUAUAAAUUUCUUCUAAAAAGGAGAUGCCAUCCUUGAUUAUAGUUAUAUAUUUAGGUUCAAUCAGUAAGUGAUUCCUAUCCAUUUUAAACAUUAAUUAGAAGGAUAAUCGACACUAGUGUUAAGCCUUCGUAUGACCCAGCUAACUAUAUUGAAAUUCAGAGACUAGUGA